AUGUUGUUUGAUACUGGCGCCGAGAUAUCUAUUUUAGAUAUCGCCUUUGCUCCUAAGGUAGGCUGCCAGAUUGAUGAAAGUGAGCGCCAGGAAAUUGUUGGUAUCGGAAAAUAUGUAUAUACCACGGAAAGACGCACCCGUAUCAAGGUCACUCUAAAUGGGAACUUGGUAUACAUUUUUAAGGUGAGGGUGGGACCGAUGGUGGGUCAAAACGCAAUUUCAGGCAUGAAAUUCAUGGUCCCAGCCGGUAUUCGACUGGACCUGGCGGAUGGGACACUAUGUCUGCCCGAUGAUGUUCGAGUCCAGUUAGCAGGACGAAGGGCCCUGUACGAUAACCGGGUAUCAGACAUGAAGCUGGGUCGAUACGUGCAGAUACCGGCUGGGGUAAGAGGAAGUGCCUCUAAAACGGUCGACCUCGCACCAAUGGAAGUUGUGGGUCACAAGGGGAGAACGGUGGAUCAUGACCGUGAACCAAGGGGUAGGAAGUCGGAAGUUGCUGAAGGUAACGAAUAUCAGCGCCUAACCCCAGAUUUUGCACGAGGACACCAAGAAAGAUAUGCCGAGAGGUUAAAACUUGUCUAUGAAUCUACCACCGACCAGGUCGACUAUCAGGAAGACCUGACGGGGAAGGAUGAAGGACCAUUGGUGGAGGUGCCACAGUACAGUACUCCCAUUAGAAUACUUUCACGUCCAAGGAUACUUGUUUCUGUAAGGGCUAUGGCAUUCCAGCCGAAGGUCGACCAUGAAGAACCUCAGGUCGACCGGGUUGACCCUGAGGUCGACCAGGUAGACCUUGAGGUUGACCAAGUGGGUGGGGAACUCUGGGCCGAAGAUGUAGACCAAGGAUGGGCUAUCAUACCGGAGUUUGACCCUUUACAUACGAGUAUCAAACUGGAAGAUAAACAGAUUCCUGACUCUGACGGAAACACCCCAGAGGAGGUGGACCGACUGAGACAAAUUAUAUGGAGAAGGCGACAUCUACUCAGGGGAAAGGGCAACGCCUUACCACCGGCUUCUCGAGGAGCUAUCUGUGACAUUGAUGUGGGUAAUGCCAAGCCGAUUGCACAACGUGUACGGAAGGUUCCCCCCCAGUUCGAAGAAAAGCUGGCCGAUCUGAUCAAGGGACUAUUAUCUGCGAAGAUCAUCCAGCCUUCUACCUCGCCAUGGCCAUCCUAA